AUGCACACGUCCUUUCAACCCUGCGGCUGCGUCUCCCUGUUGUUUCACCCAGUCUACAAGCUCACCAGCAACAUUGACGUCAUCGAAACGGAGGAGCAAGUGCGGGACUAUGAGCGGCGAAGGGCUGAGAAGCAGGCGGAGGCCAGCGGCGCUGCCGCGGCAGCUGCGGCUUCGGCUCUGGUCUACAAGCCGCAGGCGGCCGGCGCGGUGGUGCAGCCAGUUCCCCUGGCGCAGGUGCAGCAGGACAACGAUGGCAAGCUGCUGCCGCCGCAGCGCGGGCCGCUGUCGCGAGCGCAGCUGUUGGAAGCUGCGAAAGCCAGCGGCUGGUCGCCAGACAUUCCAAAACGCAGGGCGCUGCACGAAGCGUUCAGCACCAUCUUUGUGUAUUAG